AGCGAAUUAGUGAUCCAUUUUUAUUCUUCUUCGAACGUUCAGCUGAUCACUUGUCUCUCGCUCGCUUAAAUCCAUCUAAAACAAAAACAAGCACAUAUUUUUUCGAUCUCUCUCCACCGAAUCUUGUUUUCAAAUACAAUUUUUUUUCAACACAAUAAAACACAGAUCCGUCCUCUGGAUCUUCACUUUCCAAUCGCAACAUUCUUGAUUUAUAAUGACCACGGGAGAGCUUCUCAGCAUCGAGCCUAUGGAGCUCAAGUUUCCUUUUGAGCUUAAGAAGCAGAUCUCUUCUUCGCUUCUAUUGUCCAAUAAAACCGAUAAUUAUGUUGCUUUCAAGGUGAAAACAACAAAUCCAAAGAAGUAUUGUGUGCGUCCGAAUACGGGGAUCGUCCUGCCUCGGUCAACAUGUGAUGUUAUUGUUACUAUGCAAGCCCAAAAAGAGGCACCUGCUGACAUGCAAUGCAAGGAUAAGUUUCUUCUUCAGAGUGUAAAGGCAAAUGAUGGUAUAACUGCUAAGGAUAUUAAUGCGGAAAUGUUCAAUAAGGAGGCAGGGCAUGUGUUCGAAGAGUGCAAAUUGAGAGUGGUUUAUGUAUCUCCGCCUCAACCACCAUCCCCUGUUCCUGAAGGAUCAGAAGAAGGUUCUGGAUCAGACAAUGGACAUGUGAAUGGAGCUGAGUUUGUUAAUGCUACAAAAUCAUUUAGUGAGCGGCUUGAAGCUCAUGAUAAAUCUGUAGAGGCAAGAUCUCUUAUUUCAAAGCUGAGUGAGGAAAAAAAUAAUGCUAUUCAACAAAAUAACAAGCUUCGUCAGGAACUGGAAUUCCUGAGGCGUGCAGGCAACAAAAACCGUGCUGGCGUAUCAUUCAUAUUUGUUAUCUGCGUUGGUUUGCUUGGCAUAAUUAUGGGGUACAUGAUGAAGAGAUCUUAAGCAUCUGUCCACUAUAGAGUUUUGCCAGUAUUUUUCUCUAGAUUUCCCUUUGUCCCUAAUCAGAGAAGGUGAUAAAAGGGAUGAAAAGGAAAAAACUAAUGAGCAGACGUGUUUUUGGUAGUGGUUAAAUUAUCAAACUUUUUUAGGCGCUAGUUACUGAAAUUUUAGUGUAUUGUGCGUGAGUCGUGCUUUUGUUCACAUGCAUUCUUUUGUAACUUAAAAAGAAUACUUUUCACUUGUGGUUAAGCCUGAAGGAUUCUGAUAAUUGAAAUACAAGUGACUUAAUAAAUCUACUGCUUGGAGAUUA